AAUUAGCAAAGAACACCAACCUGUUCCACGCUCACAACGGCAAUCCAUUCGCUAUGGCUUCAAAAGUACCUGCCCGUGUAGGAAGAUACAGAUUAGGAAAUAAGCAAAUCUUCUUACCAAAUUUCACACUCACCCUCGUCCGCACACCCGAACAACCCCCAACCUUCGCAUCCUUCAUCGUCCCCCUCAACCUCAACAAGCUCGACCUACGAGACUACCUCUGGAAUGCCUAUGGCGUGCAAGUCCGCGGCGUGCGCAGCUACAUCCAGCAGCAGAAGGUGCGGCAGGACAAGCCUGGUGCGAUAAGGAUUAAACCGCGGCGAUGGUAUCGUCCCAGGAGUAUUAAGAAGAUGUUGGUAGAGAUGGAGAGUCCAUUCGUGUGGCCUGAGAAGCCGGAGAAUUUUGAUCUGUAUGUUGCCCAGGUGUUCUUCUUUAUCCUCAGAGUGGUUGCUUCAAUAUCGGGAACUGGAUCUUGGACUUGGAAAUGAGAAUCAUGAAGGGACUCAGGAAGCGUGGAAUUUGAAGGAGAUGGGUCAAUUGGCGAUUGCUGUUUGGCUAUGCUAACCACAUCUCUUUCUCUCCAGAUGGGACAAAACGUCAUUUGACGCCGUCCAAGAAUACCGCCAAAAGGAAGGCGAAGCCACUCAGCCCUCAUUCCGAGCCAAACCUUCCCGCGAACGAGAGAGUAUUGCGGAACAAGCGAGGGCUCUUCUGAAAGGGGAGACGAGAUGGAAAGAUACCGAUGACGCGGAUCAAGGUCAACUUCUGCAGGUGUGGGAGGAUGAUGGUAACGCCGUGGAGGUUGAGAAGGAUGUUGAGGUGCCAAGGAUAGAGAAUAAGUGAUUGAGGAAGUGAGGAUUUGGGAUCGGGUGUAGAAAGGAUGUAAGGGGAGGAGAGGAGAGUCGGGGAGAGUAAGGAGUCAAGAAAGCUUCUCUUAUUAUGGAUGGAAUGGGAAGGAAUGUUUGCAUAGCGCUGUAUGUAUAGAGGAUUGCAUCGGAAAAAUGUAUUAUAUGUAUGACCAUAAGAUGAGGCUGUAAGGG